CCCGGAAGGCAACGACGUUUUGGCGGCGUAGAGACAACGCAAACUCCCAUCUUUCUCGUUCUUCCGCUCCUACACAUCUUCCUUUUCGAGUAAAUCAGGGAUUUACGGCUGAAAUCCGUGAAAUCCAGGAUUAUCAGAUCCGCGCUUGGCAAGGUUUAUCACAAAUCUAGGUUAAAUACCGCUCUAAAUCCUUUACCAGACAGCCCCAUAAAUUUAUUUUCAUUUUCAUCUACUCAGCGGAAUUCACUCAGAACUCGAAAGAAUCCUCCUUUUUUCUCGGCUCAUAAUCUACGUAUCAAUCGUUUUCUGUCGCAACUUCGUCGCGUUUUCUAAUGGCGGACGACAGCAGCUUAUCCGCCGCCACUACGAAGACGGAGAAGAAGUCUUGGGCCGACGAGCAAUCUGAUGAGGAGGAGGAAGUCACUUCGCCUUCCGACCUGCCGCCCAGUGGCAGCAAGGAUGCGGAGCAGUCGGAGCUCAACAAGAUCGAGUCCCUCUCGAUAUCUGACGAUAAGGGCAAAGAGAAGGUUGACGAGAAGAAUGACGGCGAUGGGCUCCUGGACAACCCGGAGGAUUCAGAGAUCAAUGCUGUUACAUCUGGGGAUGCAGUCUAUUCAUCAGCUUUAAGUUUUGAAGAUCUGAAUCUGUCCAAGGAAUUGCUUAAGGGAAUAUAUACCGAGAUGAGAUUUCAGAGCCCUAGCAAGAUACAGGCCAUAAGCCUUCCAAUGAUCCUCACCCCACCGUAUAA